AGAAGAAGGGUGUCAUAGCCAGCCUUGUGUGCUACCUUUUUGUAAGCUGUGAUGACCCACAGGGUGAGAGUUGGCAGGGUAUGAAUGAGCCUUCCACUGCUGGGUUGCAGGCCUUCACUUUGCAGCACAAAGCUGCUGCCUGGGUCACUUCUCAUUUACGUGCAACUUUGUGGUGGAGACUAGCUUGAAAAUCAGCACCGAGUUCCAGCCCACAUACGACCAGGGGCUGUGGGAGGAGCUCAAGCCACAAAUUUGUGCGCACUGCUCAAUGAUGAAGCUUAAGGGGUCGCUCCUUCAAUGCGCAGGCUCCUGCGCAAGUAUCCGGAAACCACAAUAUUGCAGUAGAGAAUGUCAAAAAGCAGAUUGGAAAAAACAUUGGAAAUGGUGCAAGAAAGAACCCGAUCUUACUACCCCAAGUGCAGCAGAUGAAGCGAUGUUGUACAGCAUGCACAUGAUGAACGACGGCUCCUCACAGUCAUGAGAGUGAAAAUUUUGUACUUC